UGCCACAGCGCACAGAGAAAGAGACAGCAGGGGAGAGUGAAGGCACGGGACCUGUUGAUUCCACAGCAAUGACUUACGGAGAGGACUGUACACUGGAUUGUAGCGCUCGCCGUUGAUGACACUGAUUUAUUUAUUGACGUUUGUGGUUUCGUCCGGUGCCUAAAUGCUGUCGCUGGGAAAAAUGCACUCCAGAGCAAAGUCCCGGAGUUGUGACAACUACCUGAGUAUUAAGGACACUGAGUCUUUGGACAACUGUAUCCAGAGCACCUUGUCGGCCCUGUACCGACCCUUCACUGCCACAGCUGCCACCGUCCUGUGGCAGCUCUUCAGUGUGGUGGAACGACAGUACAGAGGAGACGGCCUCCGCUGCCUCAUUGACUUCCUGCUACCUGCCAAGAGGAUCCUGCAGAUCAUCCAACAGGAAACCUGUGUGAGGUUCAGAGGACUGCUCUUCUGUCACGAGGGGUGGCCUCUCUGCAUCCACGACAAAGUCGUCCUGCAGCUUGCUCCUCUGCACAAAGUGCGACUAAAGCAAGGAGACUUCUACCUGCAGAUCGUUCCUUUAGGCCGCAAGACUGCCAAGCUAGUGAUAAAAUGUUUGUCGGCCAGUGGGCAGGCCAUCACAGAAAUCCCCAUCGCAGAGAGCAUGUAUGGCAGUGUCUUCACAGCUGAGUUCUUACAGAAUGUAACACGUGACCGGAACCUGCACCCGCUACAGAACUGCCUGCUUACCACUGGAACGGCUGUGUUCAGGACGCCGUGGAAGAACGUGGUCAACCCACUGUUUGUCAGCAGCACUUCAGACGCCAUCAUGCAAGCACGCUGCAGCAGAGGUGGCUUCCGCGGCCAUCUCAGCACCUGCAGCACCAGCGGAUCCACAGGGACACUGGACAGCCACCGUAGCUCAAGAGAGUCCCUGCACUCUCAGGGAGCUGACUCAAUCUUCUCGGAGCCCACCUCCCCGAACAGAAACCACAUGGACGCCAACAGUGAGACGCAUGGUGUCAGUGCACUGGACACUUCUACACCCAUCAUGAAAAUUGAAAGAUCCACUGAAGAGUGUGGGAUGGGAAAGGCAACUGAUGAUAGUAGUGAGAGAGAGCGAGGGCCAGUGUCCAAGAUGCUCUCCUUUAGUACAGACCUCAGUAACCCAGGCCUUCGACGCCGCCACCCAAGAGACUCUGUAGCCUUUGAGAGCAGGAGACUUUUCAGGAAAUCUUACAUGGAGGCCCUGCAGAACCCCAUGAGCCUUGGGUCCAGCUCUGAAUCCAUCCUGGAGGAGAGCCCAGAGCACAGUGCUGGCCUACGAGAGAGAACAGUAACACCAGGCAGCAGCCCCGACACCCGCUCCUCCUCCUCCUCCAGAGAACUCUUAUCUCGGAGGUUGGGAAGCCGGGGCUGGCUCAGUGGUGAUGACUCCAGGCCCAGUACGCCUUUACUUUACUUACAGCGAGGGUUGAGGAGUGCAGAGAGACGGGCAGAGAGACGUUCAAAGUCACUGGAGAGGACUAACAAGGCCGGCCAGGUAAAAGGCCACCGGGAACGAUCCUCCUCUGGAGGCUCAGUCAGCAUCUCCCCCAAAAAACUGAUGAACGGCUACGCUCUUCGUUUUGGGAAGUUGGAUAUUGAGGCCGCUCUGCCUGGUUCGGAGAGGAGAAGCAGCAAAGAGGAGUCAGGACAGCGUGAUGACAGCCUCAGCAGUGAGAGCAGGCAGCACAGGCACAGUGGAGAAGAGUCACACAGUCCUAAAGCCGCCAACGGGUCGGCCAUCAGGCUGGCUUCAGUGUCGAGCUCCUCCUAUGGGAGCAGCGCAGCCCUCCCCAGGCUGCUGUCAGAGGUCAACCAGGAGCUGCUCACAUCCGGGGCGGUCAUCUUGCCAGGAAAUCGAGAUCGCAGUGGGAGGGCAGUGCUGCAGGUGUGCACGAGAGCUCAGGUGUGGGCCGGUGAGAGCUGCACGGUCAAUGACCUCACCUGUUUAUUGGGUUACUACUACUCCACGCUGCGGAAAGAAAGGUGUGAUCAAGGCCUCUCUGUUGUAAUAGACGGCAGGAGGCAGCCGCCUGUUCCAGCUCUGUUGUCAUCUCUGUCUGAAUUGCAGGCAUUAGUACCAAAUGCACUUUACACGGUUCUCUUCCUGGUGGACAAGGAGGCAGCAGCCAAACCUGAGAGAGACAUCAAUGUACAGACCGAGAUGCUGUCAUCUCUGAAAGCCCUGCUAAAACACAUCGACCAAACCCAGCUCACACGUGACCUGGAAGGCACCUUCCACUACGACCACAACCACUGGAUCCACUUCAGGCAGAAAAUUGAACCCUUUGCCAGCAGUUGCAGCGCGGCCAUCUCCUCCCUUCAAGCGUCCAUCAGCACAAUGAGCAACAGCAGCAACCUGAAGACCUCUGAGGAGGUGUCAGAGGUGAUGGAAAAGCAGAAGCACCUCAUGAAGUCUGUGCUAGAUGACACCCGUCUGAACAGACUACGUCUAGAGGGAGGCACUGUCCUCGCCCGCAUCAGGAAAGAAGAGGCCUGUGAGAAUGAAAACUACAGAGAUGCUGUCGAUAUGUUGAAUGCACUGUACAACCAGGUAGAUGAAGAAGUCCACAAGCUUGUGAUCCUCUCCAACAAGUCUCAGAAACAGCUGGAGAGCCUGCUGGAGGUGCGCAAGUUUGAGGAGCAAACGCAACAGAUCAAACUCUGGUUCAGUGGCGAGGGAGAGAAGCAGCUCACACCUCUGGAAUCCCUGACUCUGUCUGUGGCUAAAAUUAAGGAGAUGAGAGAGAGCCUGGAGCAGUUUCUGGAGGAGUCAGUGCACCAGCAGAGGCAUGGCCUGCAGCUGGUGAAAGAGUCUCCGGAGUCCCUUCCAGAUUCGGUUCUCCUCGACUUUAAGAAACAUCUGGGCUCCAUCUUAGGCAGAGUGGAGAGGAGGAAGGCCCAGCUGGACGUCCUCACCAAUCUGUAUGAAUUCUAUGACUCAGCAAACCAGUGGAUGGAGCACUGCCAGGAUUACUUCCAUCACCUGAGUCUGGACAGCUCAGGCAACAUACUUUCGCCAUCUGUGGUGCAGAUCCUGCAGGAUUACUACACCGAGGCAUCCAAGUUCUCCAUGGACAACUUCAGCACCCUCAACAACAUGGUGCUGUCUCUGGAGAGUCCUCAGCAGCUGCAGCAGUGGAACACGGUGUGGCACAAGUGUCAGGAGACCAAACGGCAGUUAGAAGAGACUUUGGCCCGAGCCACGACGGCAGCACCGGACUCCACAGCUGAGGAUACGACAGCUGUAGAGAGCCAGACUGCCUCUACAGAGCAGCAUGAACCUAACGAGUGUGUGCUUUUACCUGGGGCGAUCACUCCCUUAACUUUAGAGGACAACAAGCCUCACUCUGCUGAGCCUUUCUCCAAGAGCCCCACCAGUUCAAUCUCCUCCUCCUCGCACUUCAUUUUCCCCGCCGACUGUGACAGCAAACUGAGGCAGAGCCCAUCCAUGUUUGACGACACGGACAGCGACUGCACCAUCGACUCGACCAUCUCCUGCCACUCGGAGCCCGUCUACUCCGGGACCGCCCGCCUCCGCAAGCAGCCGAUGAAGAAGAUCAUGAAGAAGACCAUGAGCUACGAGCUGACCCCAAGAGACAGCAGUCACUCGGAUGUCAGCCACAUCCAUGGCUACACUGGCGUGUACAUCAAGGGUUUGGAGGUGGCUAACAACGUGUCGGCAGAGAAGAAGCUGCAGAGGCCUGACGUGACGAGCCCGGCGUUGGGACGCAGCCGCAGCAUGUCUACGCCCUCCAGGGUCCACAGCAGACGAAGCGACGGAGAUGGAAAGAAACAGAGCAGUAAAGUGCAGCACAUCAUGGAUGAGAUGAUUUCCACAGAGAGGGAGUACGUCCGCUCUCUCAGCUACAUCAUCGAGCACUAUUUCCCCGAGAUGGAGCGCCUGGAUCUGCCGCAGGACCUGCGAGGGAAACGCAGCAUCAUUUUCGGGAAUGUGGAGAAGCUCUGGGACUUCCACAGCCAGUACUUCCUGAAGGAUCUGGAGGCAUGCGCCCACUCCCCGCUGUCCAUCAGUAGCUGUUUUCUCAGACACGAGGAUCAGUUUGGAAUGUAUGCCCUGUACAGCAAGAAUAAGCCCCAGUCGGACGCUCUGCUCAGCAGCCAUGGGAACGAAUUCUUUAAGAAUAAGCAGCUGGAGCUCGGUGACAAAAUGGACCUGGCGUCCUACCUGCUGAAGCCCAUCCAGAGGAUGAGUAAAUAUGCACUGUUGCUCAAAGACCUGAUCAAGGAGUGCAGUCCUUCCCGGGAGCAGGAGCUGAGUGACCUCCGCACCGCAGAGGAGAUGGUCAAAUUUCAGCUUCGUCAUGGCAACGACCUGCUGGCUAUGGAUGCUAUUCGGGGCUGUGAUGUGAACCUAAAAGAACAGGGUCAACUCCGCUGCCAGGAUGAGUUCAUCGUCUGGUGUGGACGCAGGAAAUACCUCCGCCACGUCUUCUUGUUUGAAGACCUCAUCCUCUUCAGCAAGACCAAAAAGAUCGAGGGAGGAUACGACAUUUACAUCUAUAAACAGUCCUUCAAAACAGCAGAGAUCGGCAUGACUGAAAAUGUUGGCGACAGCGGGCUUCGUUUUGAGAUUUGGUUCCGUCGGAGGAAGACGCAAGACACCUUUAUACUCCAGGCCAGCUCCGCAGAGGUCAAGGCUGUGUGGACAGCCAUCAUAGGGAAGAUCCUGUGGAGGCAGGCGCUCAGAAACAGAGCGUUGCGCAUGCAGGAGAUGGUUUCCAUGGGGAUUGGAAGCAAGCCUUUCAUGGACAUCAAGCCGAGCGAUGCAGCGAUCAGUGACAGAGCCAUCGACUAUAUCAUGAAGGGGUCAGAGUCUAGGACCAGAGCAUCCAUCGCGGUGCCUUCCUUUGAACACGCCACUUCGUUCAAGAGACCCCACUCCACCAUCUCCAACAGCAGCACCUCCUCCUCCAGCAGCCAGUCGUCCUCCUCCCUGCUGGGCUCGCUCAAUCUUCAUCUCUACUCCUCGCCCUCUCACCCGCACACACAUCCGUACCCGAUGACCAGCGUUCCCUCCUUCGCGCAGUGGCCCUACGACUGCAUAGAGGAGGACGAGCUGGAGCAGGACACGGGGAGCCAGCCCUCCAUGAUGACUGAGAGCUCGGAGACGUCCUCCCAGUGUACCUCCACUGACAGUGUAACAGGACUCAGCACCGUCACCAUACCAGCACACCCCAGCAUGGUCAUGGACUCCCUCAACAACAACGAGCCCCCCUCGUUCCUGUGCUCCUCCACACCACCCUCCUCCAUCACGUCUCCUUCCAUCUUCCAGAAAGAAGAAGACCUCCAGCCGCCCGGCACAAAGUUCAUCACUGCAAGCACGGCCUCUCAUAUAGCAGUAGGCCUCUCUACUGUGGUCUGACUCAGAGCUGAGGGGUUUUAGCUCACUGUGAAGUCCUCGAGGUGAAUGCUGCUUGAAGUCAGUCUGAUCGUCAGCACGAGGAGAUGUGAAUAAGAGGAAUCCAGCUUUGGAGCACUAAGACUUUAACAGAUGAAGCUCAGCUAUUCGAUAACAUUUCAUUCAGAUUCUGUAAAUUGACACAUAAUAUACACUGCCACGAUGGUACGUCAGCGGUCUGUACAUUUGUUUUAAUUGAACUAGGUAUGAAUCAGUGUUUAUAUUGUAGAUGAGUUUUUUUUAUUAUUAUUAUGUAUUUUACAAAAACAGUAGCAGGCAGAUCAAUCCAGACAAUGUUGUGCUGUCAUAUUUGUUGUCUUUCGUUGCCAGUCUUGUGUUAAGACACGUUUGUACAGACGAUAUUAAAAAUGGUUAAAACGUG